AUGGAGCAACCCUUGGGGUUUAUUCAUCUACAACUACCCCAUCAUGUCUGCCGCCUCUACAGAUCGCUGUAUUAUCUUCGACAGACCCCCAGGGCCUGGUUCAAACGACUGAGUACUUGGCUUCUUGAAUUUGGCUUUGCUGGAUCGAAGAUGGACACCAGUCUCUUCUAUAGAUGCAUGUCUUCAAUCGCCAUCUUGGUCCUCAUCUAUGUUGAUGACAUACUCGUCAUCGACAGCGACAUCGGUAGCAUACAACAUCUCAUUAACUCACUGAGUAGUGAGUUUGCUGUUCAUGAUGUGAGUGCCGCUUCAUACUUUUUGGGGAUCGAACUAAAGCCUCACCCAGAAGGAUACUUCCUGUCCUGGCCAACCUCCAAUACCUCCACCCCUCCACCUCUUCUAUCAAGUUCAUCCACUAAGGCCCUACCUCCCCUCCCCCUCCCCUCCCCCUACUGUCCUCACGGAGCAUCCGCUAGAGAGCCAUCUCUUACUCCUCCUCCACCUAUGCUUCCUGGAGCAUCCACUAAAGUCCCCCCUCCCCCUCCCCCUGCUUUGCCUCCACCAAUGCUCCUAGGAGCAUCCACUAGAGGCCCUCCACCUCCUCCUCCACCUCCGCCUGCUCCAACCAUGUACCAAGGAUCAUCCACCAGUGGUCGUCUCCCGCCACCGCCACCUCCACCCCCUCCAUUCAUGACAAAUUCUUCAUGUGCCCCCUCUCCUCCUCCACCAUUGCCAAAUCAAGGAGGACAAUUUAAAGGCCCACCACCUCCCCCUCCGCCUCCACUCAAACCAAAUGUUAGUGGAUCAGUUGUUCCUCCUCCACCACCUCCACCACCCUUAAAGGCUGGGGCUUCACCUCCUCCACCACCUCCACCUCCUUUGCCUUCCUUAAAUACAACAAAGCUUGCUGGGGCUGCUGCCCCCACCCCACCACCCCCACAUCCUCCCAUGCGUGGAAUGCCUCCACCUCCACCUCCACCUCCACCUCCUCCCCCUCGGAGCUCCACCCCCUCCCGCCGGGGCACAUGGAGCACCACCUCCACCCCUCCACCUGGAGGACGUGGAGCACCACCUCCACCACCUCCCCUCGGGGCACGUGGAGCACCACCUCCACCCCCUCCACCCGGAGGACGUGGAGCACCACCUCCACCCCCUCCACCUGGAGGACGUGGUGGCGCACCCCCUCCACCUCCUCCUCCUGGAGCACGGACACCUGCUCCACCAGCCCCACCCAGGGCACCAGGUGCUCCUCCACCUCCUCCAGCCGGUGCCCCUGGUUCUCAAGGUUCCAGCAGAGGGUCAUCAUCAAAUUCCCUGGUAGGGGGAAGAGGGCGUGGAUUUGCCCGUCCUGCAGGCUCGGGGUUCUCAGCUUCAGCAGCCCGUAGAUCAUUAUUGAAGCCAUUGCAUUGGGUGAAGGUAACAAGAGCUGUGCAAGGAAGCCUAUGGGCAGAAUUACAAAAAUAUGACGAUGCUCCCAGUGCUUCAGAGUUUGAUGUCUCCGAACUUGAAAGUCUCUUCUCUGCAAUUGUCCCAAAAUCAGAUGGUAGCUCUAAAUCCGAAGGGCGUCGUAAAUCUCUCGGAUCAAAAUCAGAUAAAGUUCACCUGAUUGAGCUAAGGCGGGCCAAUAACACUGAAAUCAUGCUGACAAAAGUGAAGAUGCCACUUUCUGAUUUGAUGAGUGCUGCUCUAGCACUGGAUGAUUCUAUUUUAGAUGUUGAUCAAGUUGAAAAUCUCAUCAAGUUUUGUCCAACCAAAGAGGAAAUGGAGCUUCUCAAGGGAUACACUGGUGACAAGGAAAAACUUGGAAGAUGUGAGCAGUUCUUUCUAGAGUUGAUGAAAGUUCCGCGAGUGGAAUCUAAGCUAAGAGUAUUCUCUUUCAAGAUUCAGUUUGGUUCCCAGGUCUCAGAUCUUAGAAAAAGCCUGAACACUGUAGACUCUGCAUGUGAACAAAUUCGGAGUUCUCUCAAACUGAAGGAAAUCAUGAAGAAAAUUCUCUUUCUCGGGAAUACAUUAAACCAGGGCACUGCAAGAGGCUCAGCAAUUGGUUUUCGCCUGGACAGCCUUCUAAAACUUACAGAUACUCGUGCUACAAAUAAUAAAAUGACUUUGAUGCAUUAUUUAUGCAAGGUCCUUGCUGCAAGGUCACCACAUCUUCUGGACUUUCAUGAGGAUCUUGUAAGCUUGGAAGCUGCAUCAAAGAUACAACUGAAAUCAUUAGCUGAAGAAAUGCAAGCCAUUGUUAAAGGCUUAGAGAAGGUCGAGCUGGAGCUGCAUGCUUCAGAAAAUGAUGGCCUAGUAUCAGAUGUUUUCCGCAAGACCUUGAAGGAGUUCACUUCUGUUGCUGCAGCUGAAGUUCGAUCAUUAACAGCACUUUAUACUGCAGUGGGUAGAAAUGCGGAUGCACUAGCCCUAUAUUUUGGUGAAGAUCCUGCACGUUGUCCUUUUGAACAAGUGAUGUCCACUCUUUCAAGUUUUGUAUCAAUGUUUCGGCGUGCACACCAAGAGAAUUGCAAGCAGGCUGAGCUUGAGAAGAAGAAGGCCCAAAAAGAGGCUGAAAUGGAGAAGUCUAAAGCUUCAAAUGGGAUGAAUAAAAAUGACUUAAAGGCAACAAGCCUGAGCCAACAGUUGCAGCAGACAAUGGAGAAGAAGCAAGCAAGAAAUCAACGAGAAAAGGAUAUUAGAUGACCUCUGACCUGCUAGUCUUGGCAUUCCAAUUUUGAUAUCAGCCUGCCUGGGGAACCGGUGCUGCCCCCAUAACAUCUGGCAGUCAGGACUCGAGGAUAGAAAACUGGGCCAGCUGCUCCUGGAAGCAUGGCAUUGAAUUCGUGUACGGCAAACCUCACAGCAGUGAACACCUGAUCCUGUUAUUUUGGAGGCAAACGCCCAACACUUGGCCAAAAGUAGCUCCAGAAUCUUUAUUCUUGUACAAAUCUAACCACUUAGUUCAUUCGAUUCUUUUUGUAAAUUUAUUGUUUGUUCCAUUCCUAUUCAAUUUCAUUUUUUUUCAAUUGGCUGGAUAUGGCCAGGCAUAGGUUAGCAGUUGUAUGAUAGAGGUGAAAGAGAUGCGGAAAUUAAAUUUGUAUCAACAUUUUCACAUGUAAUUUAGUAAUCCAAGAACUCUCUCUCUCUC